GUUGGGGGCGGCCCGUAACUAAACAGCACCGCAUAUCUGGCAACUCACAGCAGCAAAGUUCGGCCCUCGUCUUGGAUUUGACAGGGGCAUUGCCUUCUGCCAGUGUAAUAGCAACAUUGGGAAGAACGCUGUCCAAAUAUAGAGAUGGCAGUGAAUGUAUACUCCACGUCAGUAACAAUUGAGAACCUGAGCCGACAUGACAUGUUAGCAUGGGUUAACGACUCCCUUCAGCUCACCUACACCAAAAUAGAACAAUUAUGUUCAGGGGCGGCUUAUUGUCAGUUCAUGGACAUGUUGUUCCCAGGGUGUAUUCUUUUAAAGAAAGUGAAAUUUCAAGCAAAACUGGAACAUGAGUUUAUACACAACUUCAAAGUACUCCAGGCAGCUUUCAAGAGAAUGAACGUUGACAAAAUAAUUCCUGUGGAAAAAUUAGUCAAAGGAAAAUUUCAGGACAACUUUGAAUUCGUCCAGUGGUUUAAAAAAUUAUUUGAUGCCAACUAUGAUGGAAAAGAGUAUGAUCCUAUUCAAGCUAGACAGGGGCAAGAUGUGGCACCUCCACCAAAUCCAGGUGAACACUUUCCCCACAAACCCAAGAGAACUGGUCCCUCAGGGCCACAGAGAAUAUCGCCAACAGUACCUAAAAACAUGCCCACACCACAGAGGGUGACCACUACCAUAAGGAAGAACCCCACACAUGCCCGAAAUGGGGGCAGUGAUGCUGAAAUCAUGGAGCUUAAUCAACAGCUGAUGGAGUUGAAGUUAACCGUAGAUGGUCUGGAGAAGGAGAGAGAUUUCUACUUCAGCAAACUUCGAGACAUUGAACUGAUCUGCCAAGAGCACGAGAAUGAGAACAACUCUAUUCUGACUCGGAUAAUUGACAUUCUGUAUGCCACAGAGGAUGGCUUUGCACCGCCAGAUGAUGAUGAAAUAGACGAGCAGGCCCACUUGGACCAGGACGAAUUCUGAGGAUUCUCUUCUCUUCCACAUCAUUGUGACCCUCCGCGACAUCCUCUCUCCACGACUUCGAAUUACCCUCUUACCGCAUGCUGUUAAUAUCCCCUCAGUUUCCUACAAAAACUGUAUGUGGGCUCUUCAUAUAUUCUCGGUUUGUCUCCCCCUAUGCUGGUUUAUGCACUACAUCUGUUUUAACAAAUGCUCACUGUCCUCACCCUCAUUCGGAGAGUAGCACCAACAAUGACACAUCCUAGCCGUCUCAGCAUGUUUUACAUAUCAACAUAGAGAAUGAACAAAAUAAAAGGUAUAAUAGAUUGUGGGUAGCACAAAGGACUUGUUAAUGUAAAUAUUGUAAUGGGAGAGACUUGUCGCAUGGAAUGCAGUUAUUUGUCGUCAGAUUUCAUACGCAUUUUCUUUAGGGUCUGUCUUGGCUCCAUCUAGUAUGGAAGGCUCACUAUCACACCAUUCAUCUCUGUUUUCAGCCUCAGUCUGCCUCUCUCACUGACUAUUCACAUUUAAUGAAUAAUACGAAGUUUGUAAGCACCAUCAGGACAAAUCUUAACAAUAUCAAACUCAUGAAUCUUUUAUACCUGCAAAGGUAUUGAUGUCAAGCUUGUCAGGGACAAACUAAUCAGUUAAAACCUGCUAUAUUAAUCUGCUUAUUUUUAAGCUAUAAAGAGGACUUUUAUACUUUUAUAAGGUGGAUGGGCCAGUGACAGAGGUAGAAGAAAAAAAUACAUGUGUUGAAAAGACAGUAAUUUUAAGAAUGGCACAGGUUGUUUUGCUUACACCCAGGGAGCAUAUGAAUGUUAUACAUUGACAGUUGAUGACUGAUUGUAAACCUUUUUCUUUUAAUCUUUUAAUCGUGAAACAUCAUUCUCAUAGACUGAAACAUAGAAACUUACCAAGUGAAUGAAAAGUGGAAUUACUGUCAUAUUCAACAUUACAUUUAUGACAACAUUAAGCAUGAGGGACAAUACUCGUUGGUAUGGUGUAUAUUUUAUUUUAGUGGCAAUCAGACAAGUGAUACUACUGAUCAGAUGAUUGUAUGUCGAAUUAAACUGACAUUUGCUGCUAGUGUUGCUGCAUUUAUGUAUUUUAUUUUGUAUUUAUUUUGCUCAGCUAUUGAAUAGCAUACGGGCUGUGCAUUCUUAACUGUAAAUCAUCAGAUUUGUAAAAGAUCAAAUGAAAUAGAGAUGCCAGAAUCAUUGGUUUUCAGAGUAAAUCUUCUUUGUGUGUGAACCUGAGUCAUCUUGUAUUGUCUCAGUAUGGCCAUAAUUGUGUUUGCAUAAAUCGUUUUGAGUAAAUAAACAGUCUUGAAAAAUU